AUGCUGGUUUCUGGUUCUGACGAUGUCCGUGACAUGACGGACAAAAACUCAGCACUGAGUCAUCGGGGUCGUAUGAUGGUGACUCGAGGUCAGCCGACAACAGUCCAAGGCAACCCUCCUUCGGAACCCCAUCCACGUCGGCAGUCAUUUGGAGACUGGCUCUACUCUCAUCUCAUGCACAGCAGUCUGCCAGUUAUUAACGCUUGUCUGCUCGGUCCGUCGCGUCUACGCAGACCUUCUCGCAUUUGUGGAGUGUCAAAGUCGUCUCGGCCUCCCUACUUGGCCAUUCCUUUGCCAUGCACCUAUUCAAAGUGA